CCAAGAGUUUGUCAUUCCCACGACACCACUCUCUGGUGGUGGGUUAACUCCUUGUUUUAUUCUUAUAGUUAUAGUAUUGUUAUUAUUAUUAUUAUUAUUAUUAUUAUUAUUAUUAUAUUAUUGCAAACUAUUAUAAACGACAAAGUACUGGAAGGUUGGUUAGUGGUAACAGAAUAAAUAAGACCACACAGAACUUAACUUGGUCACUUACGAAAAUUUCCCAGACAUACAUAUUUCCCCUUGCUGGGAAAGGGGAAAUAUCACCACUAUUGUCAUUACCUCUUUUUUAUUCUUUUUAUUUUGUUCACACUUGCCAUACUUACAUUUAUUAUUUAAUAUUACACUACCAUCAUGCUUAAGUUAAUGCUAUUAGCGUCAGUGUUGACUGCAAUAUUGGCAAGACCAGAACCACCCGUUAAUUCUUAUUUACCACCGGGUGGAUCCCAAGGCGGUGGUUUUAGAGGUGGUGGUGGAGGAGGAAGAGGAGGAGGACCCUCUGACGGUUUUAGACCACCACCAAUCGAUAGUAAUGGGGCUGGAGGUGGAAGACCAUCCAGUUCUUACGGUCCUCCAGGACAAGGCGGUCAAGGAGGACAAAAUCGCGGAUUUGAAAGCCAAGGGGGAUCUGGAGGUGGAAGACCAUCAAGUAGUUAUGGACCUCCAGGAGCCCAAGGAGGUAAUGGAUUUGGUGGACAAGGCAAUCAAGGUGGUAAUGGAUUUGGAAACCAAGGAGGAUCUGGAGGUGGACAACCUUCUAACAGUUACGGACCUCCAGGAGCUCAAGGAGGUAAUGGUUUUGGAAAUCAGGGAGGAUCUGGAGGUGGAAGACCUUCAAACAGUUAUGGUCCCCCUGGAGCCCAAGGAAAUGGUGGAUUCGGAGGACAAGGAGGACAAGGUGGAUUUGGAAAUCAAGGUGGUUCAGGUGGAAGGCCUUCAAGUAGUUACGGAGCCCCAGGAGCCCCAGGAGCCCCAGGAGCCCAAGGAAAUAAUGGAUUUGGUGGACAAGGUAAUCAAGGGGGUAAUGGAUUUGGAAAUCAGGGAGGAUCUGGAAGUGGAAGGCCUUCAAACAGUUACGGACCACCUGGUGCUCAAGGAGGUAAUGGUUUCGGUAAUCAAGGCGGACAAGGUGGUUUUGGUGGACAAGGAGGAUCAAGCGGUGGAAGACCAUCCAAUAGUUAUGGACCUCCUGGAGCUCAAGGUGGUAAUGGAUUUGGUGGACAAGGCAAUCUAGGUGGUCAAGGUGGUCAAGGAAGUCAAGGAGGUGGAUUUGGAAGCCCUUCAAAUAGUUAUGGACCUCCUGGUGCUCAAGGUGCUCAAAGUGGCUUUGGUAAUCAAGGUGGACAAGGAGGUUCAGGAGGUUCAGGAGGUUCAGGAGGAGGCAGACCUUCUAAUAGUUAUGGACCACCUGGUUCUGGAUCUGGUUCAAAUUCUGGUGGUUUUGGAUCACAAAAUGGACAAGGAUUUGGUCAACAGGGAGGAGGAAGUGGUCGUCCAUCAGACUCGUAUGGAGCCCCGGUUGGUGGAGCAUCCGACAGUUAUGCACCUCCACCAUCUGGUGUUCAAGGCGGACGAGGAGGCCAAGGAAGCCAAGGAGGCCAAGGAGGCCAAGGAGGACAAGGAGGACAAGGAGGACAAGGAGGUUCUAGUGGUUAUGGAACUGGAAAUGGAAAUGGAGGAUCCAAUGAUGAAGAAAGCAAUGAACCAGCCAAGUAUGAUUUCAAUUAUGAAGUUAAGGAUCCACAAUCAGGAGUUGAUUUCGGACAAACUGAGAGUCGAGAUGGAGACCGAGCACAGGGUAUGUUUAACGUACUUUUACCAGAUGGAAGAAAACAAAUAGUUGAAUAUGAAGCGGACCAAGAUGGUUUUAAGCCACAAAUAAGAUACGAAGGUGAAGCAAACACUGGAGCUGGUGGUCCUGGUGGUCCUGGUGGAAAUAAUGGUUAUCCCUCAGGUGGUCCAGGUGGAAACAAUGGCGGUGGAGUUGGUGGAGAUAAUGGUUACCCUUCAGGUGGUCCAGGAGGAAACAAUGGAGGUGGAUAUCCCUCUGGAGGACCAGGAGGAAAUAGCGAUGGUGGAUAUCCUUCAGGAGGUCCAGGUGGAAACAAUAAUGGAGGAUUCCCUUCAGGUGGUCAGGGUGGAAACAGUGGAGGUGGAUAUCCUUCAGGUGGUCCAGGAGGAAAUAACAACAACAAUAAUAACGGAGGUUAUCCUUCAGGCGGACCAGGAGGAAACGGUGGAUCUGGAGAUGGCUACCCAUCGGGUGGUCCCUCUGAUGGAGGAUUUGGCGGAAACGGUGGAUCUAGCGAUGGUUAUCCAUCUGGACCAGCAAAUAACGGCAGAGGUGGUGGUAGUGGUGGAUUUGGUGGUAAUGGCAAUAACAGAAAUGGAGGCGGUAGUGGUGGAUACCCAUCGGGUGGUCCGGGAGACAGCAAUCAAAAUGGAUAUCCAUCAGGGCGUCCUAAUGGCGGGGGUGGUGGUUUCGGAGGUUCAUCUGGUGGAAAUGGAAAUGAAGGUUAUCCUUCUGGUAGACCCGGCGGUAACAGUGGCUUUGGUGGAGGUAAUAAUGGUAGAAGUGGUGGAAGUGGAGGUGGAGGUGGAUACCCCUCCGGAAGUGGUGGUGAUGCCGCAGCAAAUGGAGGAUAUCAAUAUUGAUCCUCUUGAUAAUUUUAUACUCAAAGUGUACUUUUGAAAUGGUGAGAUAAAAUGGGACACGAUAUCCGAUCUCCGCAUGUAAUCUAGACUUAAACUACUCGUUUUCUCAAGGUAACUUUGCGGAGUUGAGUUUAUAGAUCUUUGAUAAGUUCAACAUCAUUUUGUUUUUUAUUUUUUAAUUA